CCAUCGCAACCCCUUCCCUUAUAAACCCCCCCACUCUCUCCAUUUCUCUUCACUCUCACUCAUUCCAAUCUCUUCUCUUCUCUUCUCUCAUUCACAUAAUACUCAACACUCCUCUCUCUGUUCUCAAAUCUCAACAAAGCAAAAACCAAACCCAACAACAGUCUGCUAUGGCUUUGGAAGCUCUCAACUCUCCCACCGCCGCCGGCCAAGGCUUUCACUUUGAUGAGCCCAAGCUCCAGUACUCGGAGCCAUGGACCAAGCGCAAGCGCUCCAAGCGUCCACGAAGCGUCGAGCAGGCGGCCGCUCCGGUCUCCGAGGAGGAGUAUCUCGCUCUCUGCCUCAUCAUGCUCGCUCGCGGCGGUAACAGAGGACCACCCGUCACCACCGCCGCCGCCGCCUCAAACCCAAUUCCGGUAACUGAACAGGCCACGUCAGCGCCGGCCAAGGAGAAUAACCUAGAGCUCAGUUACAAGUGCUCUGUUUGUGACAAGGCUUUUAAUUCCUACCAGGCUCUGGGUGGACACAAGGCCAGCCACAGGAAAGGGUCUUCCGCCGUCACCGGCGGUGAAGGACCCUCCACGUCGUCGACUACCACCACCACAUCCGCUGCGACUGUCUCAAACGCCUCAGGUAGGUCCCACGAGUGCUCCAUCUGCCACAAGUCUUUCCCCACCGGCCAGGCCUUGGGAGGGCACAAGCGUUGCCACUACGAGGGCGGCGUCACCGCCACCAAGUCCGCCGCAACCACCACCACCAGCGCCGUGACCACCUCGGAGGGAGUGGGGUCAACCACUCACACCGUCAGCCAACAACACCGUGAAUCGUUUGAUCUGAACUUACCGGCCUUCCCGGAGCCUUUGUCGCGAAACUUCUUCAUGUCCGGCGACGACGAGGUGGAAAGCCCUCAUCCGACGAAGAAGCCCCGUCUGUUCAUGAGCCCCAAAGUUGAGAUAUCACUCAAUUAGGGCCUGGCCACCAUGACGACAACUAUAUAAAUUUAAUUAGGAAAUGAAAUAUUUUCAUUUAUUAAUUAGCGUGUAAUUUGCUUUUCCGGUUGGAAUUCAAUUUGUUUGUUAUGUACAUACUAUUUGCUGCUGUUGAAGCAAUCCGAAAUUCAAUUGAUUAUUUUUCAUCACAUACCAAUUCGGCAAUUCCUUAAAUUUAUCCUCAUUAUAUAAUUAUUCAC